AUGAUUGCUGAAGAACACGGUACUGGACCUAAUGGUACAUAUAGUGGUACUUCGGAAUUACAAUUGGAACGUAUCAAAGUAUUUCGGAUUUCAACUCUUAUCAUCGCAAAAAUAAGCGAACAAUAUCCAAACCGUCUUACAGCAACAUUUUCAACAUUCUUACCUGAGGAGAUGUUGGCUGUUAUGGUGCAAUCAUAUAAUACGAUUUUGUUCAUACAACAACUGGCGGAAAGUGUGAAUGCGACAUAUUAUAUUGACAAUGAGUCAUUUCAUGGUAUUGAUUGCCUUUUAUCAAAUGAUUUUAUCAUUAUGCCAUAG